GACAACCAUCUAAGCGCUAUCGAUCAUGUCUCGCGCUCGUCGUCAUAGGAAUAGACGUGAAGAAGAAGUGGAUGCUUCAUUGGGAAAGCUUGGUGCAGACUUUGAGGAAGAAGAAUUACUAAAGAAUGGAGGAGAAGUGUUGAAUAUAAGUGAAGUUCAUCUCUUGCUGAGAAGGGAACUGGAAAGAGGAUCGAUUGGUGAACCGAUGAAUCGUGAUUUAUUGACAUUACCCGUUUUCAAGAAAUGUUUUGAAUAUUGUGAAACAUUUAAUCGAGUAAAAGAUGAAAGUACGGUCGAACAAAUUCGAAAUGAAUUACGCGAAUAUGCAUCUUUUGAAAGACAAGGUGAAGAAAAUGGAGAGAUUGUUGACGAGAAACGAUUGCUGCUUUCACGCUUUGAGAUGGCUCAAUUGGCUAAUUUGAGCAUCGAAAGUGCCGAAGAAGCAAAAGUUCUCAUUCCUACCCUCGCACCAAAAGAUGACGACAAAUUGCAAGCCCUUCUAGACGAAUUGUCUACAAAACGUAAAUUCUCUGCAUAAACGACCUUAGACGUCUCAAAAAACUUAACAUUUGUAUAAUCCUGUAUUUCUAUAUUAUCACAGUGCAUCUUCAUGCUCAAAACUC